CGGGAGAGCGGCGGGGCAGAGAGCGUGACUCGCCUGCUCCAGUGCCACUGGUUCUCGCUGUGCUUCCCGCCGCCGCCGCCGCCGCGCAACCAUGUCGGAAGAGAAGCCCAAGGAGGGAGUGAAGACAGAGAAUGACCACAUCAACCUGAAAGUGGCGGGACAGGAUGGCUCAGUGGUGCAGUUCAAGAUCAAGAGGCACACACCACUGAGCAAGCUGAUGAAGGCCUACUGCGAGAGGCAGGGCUUGUCAAUGAGGCAGAUUCGAUUCCGGUUUGAUGGACAACCAAUCAAUGAAACAGACACGCCAGCCCAGCUGGAGAUGGAGGAUGAGGACACCAUUGACGUAUUCCAGCAGCAGACAGGAGGAACAGCUUCCCGAGGGACCGUCCCCAUACCCGAUCGUUGUCUUGACAUCUGCUAUUGAAUGGUGACCAUGCAGCCACACCAAUCACAGAAGCGUCAGCAGAAGCCAGAGUCCCUGACUGGUUCUCCUUUUCUGAUGUGCUUGGAGCGGACUACAGACAUGAUGCAGGGAUGAAAGUGUUGUGUAGCGCAUUGCCUUUAGUGGAAACGAGAGCAAGGUUUUGGGAUUUGUUUAUGUUUUCAUUUCUGCUUCCUCCCAUCCCUAAAAUAUUUUUCCCCAAAACUUGGAGCUGGGUGUGGACUCAGCCUGCCACCUGACUCUGACCCCCAGAACUGUGGUUGCUUUUAGAGUGAUUUGCCCUGGUCAAGGAGAGAGCUGGUGGUCCCGUUUCCCAUGGGCUUGCCUAUGGGAUGUUGAGAUGGGAGAGAGGGACAGAAUUGUUGUAGGUAUAGAAUAUUAAAACAUUGAAAUACUAUCAGCUUGAGCUUUGUCAAAUGGUAAAGUUAAAGGGAAAAGACCAUUGGAAGGAGUCCUUAUGUACUGUGACCCAACUUCUCCUGACAUGCCCCCUUUCUACUUGGCAUCUGGUAAUGGGUACAUGGGCAGGGUUGGUAAGGUGGGACCCACUCUCUUUCCUUGUUAUAAUAUAGAAGAAAGUAACUGCCAUGUCUCAUUUGGAAAUUGAAUGUGGCCUCAGAUUAUUUUCUAGUCUUGGUUCCAAUGCAUAAUUAUGGUUUCUGUGUAAGAAGGUAAUUGGUUAAGUAUCAAGCUUACAGUGAUACUGUGUAAGACCUGCUUUAAAGUGUGGUUGCCAAAGAAAGCCCGGGAGAGGUGACCUCAUUCUCAUGGAUUAUGCUCUGCGGCUUUCCAGAUGUGUAUUCAAAUGAUGCAUCAGUGGGUGACUUCAGUCCUGCAUUGUGGGGUCUAUACUGGUUAGAUGUGGAUCGUCCUGCCUGUCAUCCUUGUGUAAGGGUCCAUUGCUGCUUGAUGGCCAUCUCUGCCUUUCAUAGUCACCUGACACUGACCUACCAUCUCUCGCUUGCUUAAAAUCCCGAGGAAAAUGUUGUUGUUUCCUGUUUCGCUGCGUGGGCUUGGGUGGGAUGUCUGUUGGCUCUGUUGUGUUUAUCCAGUUUGUACAUUAUUUGUUGUCCUUUACUACUGUAAACAGUAAAUAUAGUUUGGUAUUCUGU